AUGUAUCUUCAGGCUUCUCAAUACCAUGUUCUUUCAAAAAUAGGGUGUGGCUCUGAUCAUGUGAUAUAUAAAGUUGAGAAUAGGUUAAAUUCAGAGGAGUGUGCUAUAAAAAUUGAAAAAUCUCCUGGAAUAGGCUAGAUCGAAAAUGAAAUUGGAAUGCUUAAUAAAUUAAAAGGUAUUUCAGGUAUUCCAGUAUUAAUAUCAUAUGGAGUUACCCCAGAGAAUAAGUAAUUUAUUAAAUAUAAUAAAUUAAGAUCUUUUCUUAUUAUUCCAUUACUACAUGGUAACUUAGGUGAAAUAGCCAAAAAGAAAUAAUUAUCUUUAACUUAAAUAUUAAGGAUUGGAUUGAGGAUUACUGAAAUUUUAGAAAAAGUUCAUUAUUAAAAUAUACUUCAUCUAGACAUCAAACCAGAAAACAUUAUGAUAUCAUAACCUUUAGUAAAUGAUUCAAAAAUAUUACAUCCUGAUCUUAUUCAACUUAUUGAUUUUGGAUUAUCAUAAGAAUUAAUUAGAAAUUCAAAAUUAUUGAAAGAUGUAUUUAUUGGCUCAUUAAAUUUUGCCAGCAGAUAAUCUCAUAAAGGAGAAUAACUAGGCUAUAAGGAUGAUUUAGAAAGUCUCUUGUAUGUUUUGGUUUACUUAAGAAAUUGUAUGUAUAUUCUUUACCCUUAGUAACAUUGCCAUGGUUCCAAAAACCAUCUUGGGGUUAUAGAGAAGUAGACAUCAAAGUAAUUGGCAGGAUCAAAUAAUUUCAUUUUAAAACUGCUUCCUAAACUUAGAAUUUCCCUUUAUAGUUUUAAGAGAUAAUGUCUUACAUAGACACUUUAAAGUAUGACACAAUGCCAGAUUAUGGUUAUAUUAAAAGCUUAUUUAUGGAAAUGUUAAAAAAACCCUAGUGUUCUAUCUUCUAAAUACACUAAGUAUUCUAAUCUUCGAAUGAAAUAGAAACUUCAAUUUUAAUAGAAAAUUCUGCUGAGAACAAUAAAGACAAUAAAUCUUGUGAUUAAAAUAUGGAGGAUAUGUUGAGUUUUGAGACAAAACAUGUUCAAAUUUCAAAAAUAAUAGGUAAAUAUGUGACUAAUUCAAUUAAAUCAAUAAGUGAUAUUAAAUCUUGA